AUGCUUGAGCUAAUGUGUCUUUGCUUGUUGGCUAGUCAGGCCUUAGCUUACAGCAAUGCGUACUUGCCACAGCAGCAAGCGCGAGUUGCCACACAAUACUUUAGCUAUAGUGCACCAGCGGAGGAGGAUCAAACGCUGCAGUCGCAAGCAGCGCGACAGCUGGCACAAGCGUUUCAGCCAGCUCAACAGGUUGUCUUCAUACGCUCGCCCGAAACUAAUUUGUUUACCUUGACGGCCAAGCAGCUGGCGGCACGCAAUGCUUUGGAUAUCUAUGUGCUGCAGCGGCAAACAGAUGCUGCCACAUUGCAGCUGCAGCGCGCUGCCAUAGAGCAGCAACUGGGCCAACAGCCUACAGUGCGCUUUGUUAAGUAUCGCACGCCAGCGGAUGCCAACAGAGCGCUAAGCAGCCUGCGAGCCAACUAUGAGCAGUUGCCUGGACGCAGCAUCAGCCAUGCGCUGGAAACAGCAAAUGUUAUAAAGCUGCAUUCACCAAGCUUGAACGUUGUUGUGCCACAAGCAAACUACGAGCCGCAGGAGCUGGAAACAGCGCAGCUACAGUCGCUCUUUCGACAAUAUUUGCCACCCGCACAGGAGCGUUAG